GCUGGCAACUUCAGCGUGAUCCGUCGCCGAUAAAGCCGCUCGGCAGGUUUGCGAACACUUCCCCAAGGUACAUUGGCAAAAGUUCAGCGAAUGUGGUUGGUUAAAAGGGGUUGUGGCGCCGAAGAUUGUGAGGCAGUGUUCUGCGUGUGUGUUUCAGAAAGACACACAAGAUUCUCCUCUUCCCAGGGUUUCAGGAUCGGACAUUAUGAGUACAAAGCCAGCCCUGCCACGGGACACCCGGAAUUGCCUCUACACCAGUUUGUGGGACUUCCGAGCUAUGACGGACUCCGAACUAAGCUUCGAGGCAGGAGACCUCUUCCAUGUCAUUGAGAAGAAAGGAGAUUGGUGGUGGGCAAAGAAGUUGGAUAAUGCUGGAAGGAAGUGUGAGGAAGGUUACGUCCCAUACAACUACAUGGCCAAGAAGGAAACCGUGGAAGCAGAGCCGUGGUUUUUCGGGCAGAUCUCCCGUUCUGAAUCUGCACAUCGGCUGCUGUCAGAAGAAAACAAAACCGGCGCCUUCCUCAUCCGUAUCAGUGAGAAAAAGGGGGCAGAGUACGUGCUGUCAGUCCGAGAUGAGUCAUUGGUGAGGCACUACAAGAUCUUGCGCAACGGCCAAGGGAGUUUCUACAUGAACACCAGCCGGUCCUUUCCUGAUCUGCAGUCCCUUGUCGAGUAUUACAAAGGAAAGGCACUCACCCACGGCUUGACUCUGACAAGCCCUUGCUACAAGCAAGAACCAAAGGCGAUGCCUCAUUGGGAUAACUGGGAAAGGCCUAAGGAAGAGUUCAGCCUGGUUAGGAAACUGGGCGCCGGAUACUUUGGGGAAGUCUACGAAGGAUACUGGAAGGACAAAGUCCGAGUUGCCGUCAAAGUGCUACCUAGAGCGGACCUGACGCAUCAGGCCACCUUCAAGAAUGAAAUUGAGGCCAUGAAGAAGCUGAGACACAAAAACAUCCUCUCCCUCUACGCCAUCUCUUCCACCGGGGAUCCCGUUUACAUUAUCACAGAGCUCAUGAGCAAAGGAAAUCUGCUAGACUUCCUCCGAGAUUCCAGAUGGGAACAUCUCAAAAUGGCAGAACUGGUAGACAUGGCCUCCCAAGUGGCUGAUGGGAUGUGCUACCUGGAAUCACAAAAUUUCAUCCAUCGAGAUCUGGCUGCCAGGAACAUCUUGGUUGGAGAGAACAACAUAUGCAAAGUGGGAGAUUUUGGGAUGGCCAGGCUUAUCAAGGAUGACGUUUAUUUCUCUUACUCCCAUAAUAUUCCCUACAAAUGGACAGCACCAGAGGCUCUUUCCCACGGGCGUUAUUCUGUCAAAUCUGACGUCUGGUCGUUUGGAAUCCUUCUGUAUGAAAUCGUCACUCUCGGCCAGAACCCGUAUCCAGGUAUGACCAACAGCGAGGUUUUCAGGCAAGUCCAAACGGGUUUCAGGAUGGACUGCCCACCCAAAUGCCCUCCGCUGAUGUACAAUCUCAUGUGCAAAUGUUGGGAUCUGAAUCCAGAAGAAAGGCCAGACUUUAAGCAGGUUUGGGGACUGCUUCAGAGUUUCACUCACUACGAGAACCCGGAAUGAAAGGAACGUUUUCUCUCCCCCGACCCAUUCUGAAACAAAAAUAAUUCCGUUGUACUGAAGUCCUUCCAUCCGUCAGGGACAUAUUACCUGGCCUGUCAGGUAAUAACAUGGCCUAUGAGGAUUCCACUUGGUAAUGUGCGUGGCACUGUUAUUUGGGACUUGGGUUCAUAUGGAGCCACGGGUGCUUCCUGCGCAAGCAAGGAAAAUCCAUGUGCGUCAUUGCCAUGUAACUGGACUGGAAAGCUGAAGACUGCCUCCUCAAAAUAAAAGAUCUAUGUGUUGUGCUUUUUCCGCAUUUGGAGAAAGGAAAUAUUUCAAGAGGUGCUGCAUCCCCAAGAGAAAGCACUGUUGUACAUUGCUGACUUAGGACUAAAGAUGUUCUGUAUAUGGGAGGGAGGCAUGUACAAGGUUGCUGACCUCCAGGUAGGGCGUGGAGAACUCCAGGGAUGACAACUGUUGUCCAUAUGGCAGAGAUCGGUUCUCCUGGACGAAAUGGCAGCUUUGGAGGAUGGACUCUAAAGGUCCCUCCCCUCCCCAAAGCCUGCCCUCCUCAGGCCCCACCCCCAAAUCUCCAGGAAUUUCCCAACCUGUAGUUGGCAACUGUAGCAUGUACCAUAUUGCACCAUUCCAAUCACAUUAGUUCAAGGGACUCAUCUGAAACAUCACAAAUUCUCCUUGUUCCCUUAUAUUCUAUGUUAUAAUCGUAGUAAAGGGGAGCACAAAAGGUGCUCUUAAUGACGCCGGGCCAGACAAAAGCACAGGACCAAAUCCAUUGUUCCCUCUUCUUGCAUUAAAACAGAUUCCUCUCUCCAUUUCCUACUUAAUAAUAUAGAAGUAAGGAAGAGUCUUGCGGCACUUUUAAGACUUAAGAUUUAUUUUGAUCUGGGAGCGGCCAUACAGCCAGGGCACCUGGAAGUGAGUCGUCGCAGUGAUGUCACUUCCUGUAGUGACAUAAUCACGCCAAAUGUUAAAGGUUGGUGCAGCCCUCCCCCUCUUCCCAGAAUCCAGUAUUGUUCUGGACUCCAUUUGGCAACCCUAGACAUAACCUUUUGGGGACUACAGCCCUCUUGAUCGGCUGCACAAGUUGUUGUCUACGAUCUGCAGAUAUAUUUGCACAACCAAGAAAAGAAGAAAUCACAAAUGGCAGGUUAGAAGGCUUUUAAACACUAUGGGGUGCAGACUGCGUGUAACAUUUAGUAUGGAAAGUGGAUGAUGGUGAGUGCUGACUUAUGGUGACCCCUGGUGGGGUUUUCAUGGCAAGAGACUAACAGAGGUGGUUUGCCAUUGCCUGCCUCUGCAACUCUGUCUUCCUUGGAGGUCUCCCAUCCAAUUACUAACCAAGGCGGAUCCUGCUUAGCUUCUGAGAUCUGACAGGAUCAGGCCCACCUGAGCUAUCAAGGCAAGAGCAUGUAAAGUUAAGAACAAACAGUGAUUCUUCAGAGGGUGUUUUGUGCAUAUUGUUUCAUGAACAGAG